AUGUUGCCUAUCGCAUUAAUUGUAGGAUUGGGUCUCUUGUUCCUCUACGUCGUUCGUACCCUCCAACAGUAUUGGGCUCUGAAUGAAUUCAAGGGACCAUGGGUAGCGGGCUUCUCGAGGCUAUGGCUUCUAAGAGCUAAUGGCUCUGGCAAGAUGAAUUUGGCAUUCACAGAGGUCAACGAUAAAUAUGGGCCGACUGCCCGGGUGUCACCUAACAUGCUUAUUACCACCGACCCCGAGCUAUAUAAACGCAUGCACGCUGUGCGCAGUCCCUUCGUUCGAAGCGAAUGGUACACAGCAUUACGACUGCAUCCUACCCGGGAUAACAUCACCUCCGUAAUCGAUGAAGGAGUUCACGCUGAUCUGCGUAAUCGCAUGUCCACUGGCUACUCUGGCAAAGAAAACCUGCACAUGGAAGAUGAUGUAGACUAUCGCCUCCUCCAGCUCUUCGACCUCAUUGACUCAAAAUACGUUUCGACCGAGAAGGAGUACCGCCCUGUCGACAUUUCACGACUUUAUUCCUACUUCACCCUCGAUGUAAUCUCCAGUAUUGCCUUUGGCCAGGAGUUUGGCUUCCUCAAGCACGACGAUGACCCCUUCGGCUACAUUGACAAUCUCCAGGAGUUUCUUCCCGCCAUCAUUGUAUUUGGUGCUUACCCAGAGCUCCAGAAGAUUCUGCGUCUUCCUCUACUCAAACAUGUCAUGCCCAAAUCAACAGACAAACGCGGACUGGGCCGUGUAAUGGGCUUCGCCAAAGAGCGCGUAGACGAGCGAUUUGGUGAAAAGGCUAUCGUUAGACACGACAUGCUAGGCUCAUUCAUCAAGCGCGGACUUACACAAGAACAACUGGAAUCAGAGACUUUGACGCAGAUCACUGCUGGAAGUGAUAGUACAGCAAGUGCCAUUCGCAUGACACUGCAUUUUAUCUCUACUACACCACAUGUCCAUUCGCGCUUGGUGGCAGAAUUCAAGACUGCCUUGGCUGCUGGCAAAGUUUCUAGACCUGUCAUUCGCGAUGCUGAAGCUAGAGCUUUGCCAUAUUUGCAGGCUUGUAUCAAGGAGGGCCUGCGCAUGUACCCGCCUGUCACCGGAUUACUUGCCAAAGCCGUGCCUCCAGAAGGUGCAACCAUUGACGGUAAAUUCGUCAAGGGAGGUACGCAGAUUGCCUGGAACUCCUGGGGUAUGCAACGCGACAAGGAGAUCUAUGGUGUAGAUCCUGAAAUCUUCAGACCUGAGCGUUGGUUGUUGCGCGAUGCGUCUGAGGCCGAGAAGAAGCGUGUCGACAAAAUGACUGAGACGGUUUCUUUGGUCUUCGGCUAUGGUCGAUUUGGAUGCCUUGGUAGGGGAGUUGCGACCAUGGAGCUGAACAAGGGCAUCAUCGAGGUAAGCUGUUUCUAG